AUGGGCUGUUUUCUUCAGACCUGGGAAACAGUUUUGAGUUUUGAUCAGUCCAGCAGCUUAAGAAAUAAUACCAGAAUGGACACCGGCGAGCAGGGUGAGACCUCCAAGGCACCCCUGAGCAAGGGGGUCAGUAGAGGGGUGUCCAUGCUGGACCUCAUACUCCGCGUCAUCGCGGUCGUCUGCACCCUCGCGAGCGCCAUUGCCAUGGGGACCACCAAUGAGACGCUUCCUCUGUUCACGCCGUUCAUCCAGUUCAAGGCGCGAUACAGCGAUCUCCCGGCUCUCACGUUCUUCGUGGUGGCAAAUUCUGUUGUCAGCGCCUAUCUCAUCCUUUCGCUCCCACUGUCAGUUGCGCACAUAAUUAGGAGCGGGGCUGAAUGUAGCAGGCUGGUCUUGAUCAUUUUCGACGCGGCAAUGCUAGCUCUGGUCACAUCAGCGUCAUCUGGAGCAACAUCUAUUGUCUACUUAGCACACAAGGGUAAUGUCAGGGCAAACUGGCUUGCUAUUUGCCAGCAGUUGGAUUCUUUCUGCGAGCGUAUCUCUGGCUCCCUGGCUGGCUCUUUUGUAGCCAUGGUUCUGCUGAUACUGCUCAUCUUACUCUCAGCCAUUGCCCUAGCCAGGCGCCAGACCGAAUAGUCCAUGAUUUGCUUCCUGAAGUAUAAGUGUGAUAUCCCCACA